AUGGUGUAUGGGGAUGGGAAUGCCAAGAACGAUAUCUUAGGAGAAUCUUUUGAAAAUCAGGAGAAGAACGGUCGCGCGCCUUUGUUUCCUCCUACCCGGAUUUGGGUAUUUGUCUGCAUCGGAACGAACGUGGCGUCCAACGAGGGCAACACCAGCAGCGCCGCGGGCAGUGGCGCGGAGUCAGCCGCACUGUUCUCCAAAUUGCGUAGCUUCUCCAUUGGCAGCGGUCCCAACUCGCCGCAGCGUGUUGUCUCCAAUUUGCGCGGUUUCCUAACACAUCGCCUCAGCAACAUCACACCGAGCGAUACAGGAUGGAGAGACUCAAUAUUAUCCAUACCGAAAAAGUGGCUUUCCACUGCAGAGUCUGUCGACGAAUUUGGAUUCCCUGACACUCUACCAAAGGUACCUGUCCCACCGCUAGAGGAAACAAUGGCCGACUAUGUGCGUGCAGUGGAGCCGAUCACGACACCGGCUCAGCUGGAGCACACCAAGGAGCUGAUCAAACAGUUCACAGCCCCGAAUGGCAUGGGUCCGAGACUUCAUCAAUAUCUGCUGGAGAAGCGCGACGUCGAGGAUAAUUGGGCCUACUAUUACUGGCUUAAUGAAAUGUACAUGGACGUCCGCAUACCAUUGCCCAUCAACUCGAAUCCUGGAAUGGUGAUGCCGCCGCGACGCUUUAAGACCGUACACGAUGUGGCCCACUUUGCAGCUCAAUUGCUCGACCUUCUGCUGGCCCAUAAGGAAAUGCUAGACAAUGGUGAACUGCCAUUGGAGCGGGCCGCCUCGCGUGAGAAGAACCAACCUCUGUGCAUGGCGCAAUAUUAUCGUUUGCUCGGCUCGUGUCGUCGUCCGGGCAUUGAGCGAGAUUCCCAGUUCUUGCCAUCUCGAGAGCGACUCAGCGAUGAGGAUCGUCAUGUGGUGGUCAUUUGCCGCAAUCAGAUGUACUGUGUCGUGUUGCAGGCCAGCGAUAGAGGCACUUUAAGCCAGAGUGAGAUUGCCUCCCAGAUACUCUACGUUCUGAGCGAUGCUCCAUGUUUGCCGGGCAAACCGGCUCCAAUCGGGCUGUUAACUGCCGAGCCGAGAUCCAUUUGGGCCAAAGAUCGCGAAGCUCUCCAACUGGACGAACGCAAUCAGCGUAAUCUGGAGCUUAUUGAGACAGCUCUGGUCGUUCUCUGUCUGGAUGAACCUUUGGGCAAACAUUUCAAUGCACGCGGUUUCACUGGCGCCUCCCCCACAAUUCACAAGGUUGGCGAGCGCGACGAUACCAAUAUGGCCCACGAGAUGAUCCAUGGCGGCGGCAGUGAGUACAAUUCGGGAAAUCGUUGGUUCGACAAGACCAUGCAGCUUAUCAUCUGUACCGACGGCACUUGGGGACUCUGCUACGAGCACUCGACAUCAGAGGGCAUAGCUGUUGUCCAGUUGCUGGAAAAGAUUCUGAAAAAAAUAGACGAACAGCCAGAUGAGGAGGUUGGCUUGCCCCAACACCAUUUGCCACCGCCAGAGCGUUUGGAGUGGCAUGUCAGCCAGCAACUGAAGCAGAGAUUCGGCCAAGCGUCCAAGAGUGUUGACAAGGCCAUUGAUGAUCUCGAUUUCUAUGUCUAUUGUUAUCAGGGGUAUGGUAAAAACUUCAUCAAGUCCAGCCAGGUCAGUCCGGAUGUCUAUAUACAACUGGCUCUACAACUGGCCCACUAUAAGCUCUAUGGCCAUCUUGUGGCCACCUAUGAGAGUGCUUCCACCCGACGCUUCCUGCAUGGACGUGUGGACUGCAUCAGGGCGGCCAGCAUGGAGGCCUUGGAAUGGUCCAAAGCCAUGUGCCAGGGUGAAGGGGCCAAUGUGACCCUUGAGAGCGAUCGAGAGGAUGAUUACGAAGAGUCACGAAAGGUCAAGUUUAGCAUUUACAGCAAGGAUCAUCUGCGGGAGCUGUUCCGCUGCGCUGUGGCCCGCCAAACGGAGGUCAUGGUGAAGAACAUAUUGGGCAAUGGCAUCGAUAUACCUUUGCUCGGAUUGCGUGAGGCUAGCCUGGAGGUCAAUGGCGAGAUGCACGAACUGUUCACCGAUGAGACAUAUAAGAUAUCGCAAUGCUUCUUACUUUCCACGAGUCAGGUCGCCUGCACCACAAACAGCUUCAUGGGCUAUGGCCCUGUGACGCCUCGUGGAUAUGGCUGCUCCUACAAUCCCCAACCCGAGCGGAUUAUCUUCUGCGUGUCGGCGUUCUACAAUUGCGAGGAUACGAGUGCCUCUCGCUUUGCCAAAUCCCUGCAGAACUCGCUCGACAUUAUGCGUGAUCUUCUGCAGAACUAAAAGAAAACAAUUUGAGCCACAAGCUCAACGACAAACAUAUCAAUAAAUGUACCUUAACUCUACUACUUACCAGAAGAAAAAAAACUCCAAGAAACAAGAAACUAAAUGUAACUUUGUGGUUUAUUGUCGUCCACAUGAGUCGGACAUUUCCUUUUGAUGACCAACCACCAAGUAUUUAAGUAGAAGUCUCCCAAAAUCAAACAGAAACUAACUAAAAACAUACACAAAACCAAAUGUCAAUCAUGGACACAUUAAGAUGAAAUGCUACUUAAUUAUAUUCACAAAUAUGUAUGUAUGUUUGUAUGCAAAUCGUUUGCUUUACCUGUUUACCGUUAUUCAAAUCGACUUGUAGAGGAAUUAGCAAAAGAAAUCUAGUCAAUUAAAUGUUUUUAGAGUAAUUUUAUGCGUAUUGCAAUUGUUAGUGAGUGUUAAUCUGUUGACUAUACGAUAUAUGAUUUGAACUAUCGGUUAAAAGCUACAAUUUCCCCCAAUUACCUAGUAACUGUGUAGUACUUAUAAUUAUUAGCUGAGCUUACUAACCAUAGUUUUGCGGACACUGAUGUGACGCUGCCCAAAAGUAUGCUAAUAUUCUGACAACAAAAAAAUAUACGCUUGUUAAAAUCGAAAACUUUCAAAGAUUUUGUUAAUCGUUUUACUUAAGUGUUAUUAGAGUUAAAUUACAAUACAUACACACACAUACACACAAGCAAACAUGAAUUAAUCUAUAAAUCUGUUGAAAAUACCUUGAAAAUUUUAUGGGAAUUUAGUGAGCAGAAUUUGUGACCUAGACUAAAGAUUCGACCAGAGUACUUUAGGUGCUGCCCACUGACAUCAAGCAGAAAGAUUUUUUUGGAUGAAUAUAUUCAUAACUAUAUAAUACCCAUGCAUAUAGACUUGAGACGUAACAAUACAUAUCAAUAAAUUUAUACAAUACUGUUUAAUUAACCAUACCAGAAAACCAACAAAAAAAUGUUGGGGAAUUAAAAGCAAAGUAUAGACAAACCACAAAAAAUGAAGGUAAAUGUUAACCUGUAGAAAGGAAAAAUUUAUAUGUAUGUUUGUUUGUUUAAAAUGUUAGCGAAAUGAGUGUUUUGUAGUGACUAUAAAAAGGUAAAAAAUAAAAAAUAUAUAUAUACGUACGUUAUUUACAAGAAAGUAUAUACACAUACAUAUGGAAAUGUUAAUGUAACAAAUAUGUAACUAGUUGCUGUGUUCAUUGUUGCUCUAAAAUUCAAAAUAUAUAUUAUAUAUGUAUGUAUGUAUGUAUCAUUAUAUGUUUGCAAACUGUUAACUGAACUAAACUAUUGCUAUGGAUUAAUCAAUUCUAUAAUUAACCAAUUAUGUUUGUUGACUAUCGUUAAGUUUGCUAAAUAUUUGUUUCAAGUGUAUGCAAAAAAAGAAAAUAAUCACAAAGCUAAAUAAAUGCAUUAUACAUAAAACAGCAA